CAUUUCUGUAUCUCUCUUUCUUUCUCUAUAUAAUCAAAGAAACAAAGAAUCAGAAUUGCUUUACACCUGUUUCGACAGUGGGGGGUUUUCAGACAGGCUGCUGCAGGUCAGACUCUCAGAGCAUUACUGUUUGAAUUGACCACCAUCUCCUUCUCCUCUAUUCACUUCAUCUUCUUCUUCUCUGCCUUUUUUUUUCUCUCUCGGAAUUGAAGAAAAUACCCACCCCCACCCCACCUCGCCCCACCCACCCCGCCCAUCAAAUGUUAAAUUAAUUGCCAAUGCAUUCCCAACCACUCAACCCCACCACUGCACUUGCACCUCUUCCUCCUCCAGAUUGCGCUGCUGCUGCUGCUGCUACUGCGCCGGAGAUCAAUCUUGAUCUGGGGAUUGGGAGGAGUGGACAUGGAGAUAACGAUAACAAUGACGAUAAUGUGAAGAGGGAUGGUAGAAGAUCAUUUGGAGAAGCUAAGAAGAAGGAGCCCAGUUUCAGUGCCUUGCAGUUUCAUCAGUUCUUCAACCAAAUCCUUGUUUACAAUUGGAUAGCUCGUGGUUUGCCUGCUCUGCCCUUUGCCCUCUUUUUCCCCACCUGUUUUAUGAAUCCUCAGAACUGUGAUCAACCUGCGAAGAUGGAUUUUGAGCCGGGAAGGUGCCGGAGGACCGACGGCCGGAAGUGGCGGUGCGGCCGGAGUGUAGUCCCCGGCCAGAAGUACUGUGAGCGUCACGUGCACCGCGGCCGUCAAGGUUCAAGAAAGCAUGUGGAACCUACUCCUACCCCUACCCCUACUACUCAACGUGUUGCCAAAUCCAAUCACAAUAACUGCCCGCCCAAUGAUUCUCCGAUGCCGCCGCCGCCACCGGAGAUUGCUCCGGCCACAAUCACCAUCGAUAAUAAAUGCGAUGUUAGCAACAAGCGCGACAGCAAUCCAGAUGCAGCCGUGCAAUGCAGAACCAAUGGCAUUCCAGUAAUCGAUGAGAAAAGGCACGACGAUACAAUUCUGAGUUUGGAAAUUAAGACGACGAACAAUGACAAUGGCAGUGGCAAUCGUGCUUUGAAGAGUUCUGUGAAUUUGGGAAACAAUGGAUCUGAUGAUUAUACUGAUGGCGAGAAGUCCGGAUUAGGGAAUGUAAAUCCUGCCAAGAGUAGCCGAAGAAAGCAAAGCGUGGCUAGAAACAGCUACCAUGGAUUCGUCGCCCCUGUAUUUGGGUUGUCCCCCAAGAGUGUUCUUCAGCCCGGCGCAGGAAAAGUUGGUCUUAAUUUGGACAGCAAGGUUGCGGAAACUGAACAGCUGCAGCGAUGCCGGAGGACGGAUGGCAAGAAAUGGCAAUGCCGUCGAGACACAAUUCCGGGCCAGAAGUAUUGCGAAUCACACAUGCAUAGAGGGGCCAAAAGGAUCAUGUUGAAUCCGGAGUCUGCUCGAGGCGUUUCUGGAAGCAAUGCACGGCGUCAUACCGGAGAUCACAUCAAUUUGAACACAACGCCGGCGAGCCCUCAGUGUACAACUGCCAAUAACUCUGCGAGCUCCAGCGACGCCACUACCGUCACCGACGAACAUGUUAGCUUCUGUCUUAAACAGCAAAAGGGGUAAUUGAUUAUUACAUGUAAUUUAGAAGUCACAUUGAGUUGUGGAGGUUGGCCUAAAUAUGAGAAUCAGCAACUAUAGCUUAAAUGUAACUUUUGUGUGGGCAGAUGUGGUUAAUAUGACUUGCAAUAUCCUGUUGUCAAUAACUGUACUA